AUGUUCGGCACCAAGGACACCCUCGGCACCCAGAUCCAAAGAAUAAAACCCGCAGCUAAUGAACAAAUCGGGGUGAUUCAAGAUGCAGUCAUGAAUAAAUUCUCACCCAGUAAUUUGAAUCAGGAUGAAUCACCUUCAUUAGAUGAAGAAGAUGUUCCAGGAAGUAUCGAUGAUGAUGCUGAUUAUGGGGAAGCAAAACAAGAGGACGAGAAGAAGAAGGUGGUUGGAGAUGAGGAUGAUGAAAGAGUUGUUAAGCCUAAGAAAUAUGGAACGACGAAUUCUGAUGGUGGAAAAUCGAUCAAGGCAGAUUUAUCCAAUAGUGUCAAGGCUGGUGAGAAAGCACUUCCAAAACAACCUGUCGCCACUGCUGGUGCCGCCGCUGCUGGCGCUGCUGGCGCCGCCGGUGCCGCCACUACUCCUAAAUCCGAUUGCAACGAUAUCGAAUACGUAGUCAUGAUCGAUGCCGGCUCCACAGGCUCUCGUGUCCACGUAUAUGAAUUCGACACCUGUGUCCAACCACCCCAAUUAAUCUCGGAAUUAUUCGAAGCCAUCAAACCAGGAUUAAGUUCAUUCGAUACCGAUACCGUCGGGGCCGCAAAAUCAUUAGAUCCAUUAUUGAAAAAAGCAAUGGCUAAAGUCCCAACCGCAAAACAAAAAUGUACUCCUGUUGCUGUGAAAGCUACUGCUGGAUUAAGAUUAUUAGGGGAUGAAAAAUCAGGGGCGAUUUUGGAAGAGGUUAGACGUCAUUUGAGUGAUGAUUAUCCGUUUGCGGUUGUGCCUGAAGAUGGAAUUAGUAUUAUGGAUGGAAGAGAUGAGGGUGUCUAUGCAUGGAUUACUGCGAAUUAUUUGUUGGGAAAUAUUGGUGGUGGGUCGAGUAAAUUGCCAACUGCUGCUGUUUUUGAUUUAGGUGGUGGAUCUACUCAGAUUGUAUUUGAACCUGAUUCAAAUACGAUUAUUCCUGAAGGUGAACAAAAAUAUAAAUUCACCUUCGGACAACAUGAUUUCACGUUAUAUCAAUACAGUCAUCUCGGAUAUGGAUUAAUGCAAGGUCGUAACAAGAUCAACCAAGCUAUCUUAACCCAACAAACCAAAGGAUUAGAAUUAACCAAAUAUACCAAACAACAACUCAAAUCCCUCGAAUCAACCCCACAAGCCACCAUCGACAUCAUCAACCCAUGCGUGCCCCCAGGAUCCACCAUCAAAAACGUUCAAAUCGAAGUGUCAUCCUCCGAAAUCUAUAUUGUCAACAUGAAAGCCCUCCUCGAACCUUCCGGAACCCAAUGUCGUGCAAUUGCAGAACAAGUCUUGAACAAACAACUCGAAUGUAAAGUCAAACCAUGUUCAUUCAACGGGAUUCAUCAACCAUCACUCACGAAAACAUUCCCAAUUGAAUCAGAUAUGUAUAUUUUUUCAUAUUUCUAUGACAGGACAUUCCCAAUUGGGAUGCCAACAUCAUUCACCGUGGAAGAAUUGAAAGAUAUGACUCAAAAAGUAUGUAAAGGCACCACCAGUUGGGAUGGGUCAUUUUUUGGAUCACAAGUAGAUGAAUUGAAGGAAGAACCAUAUUGGUGUAGUGAUUUAUCAUUCAUUACGGCGAUGUUACAUACUGGUUAUGAUAUUCCGUUGAAGAGAGAGUUGAAGACGGCAAGGACUAUUGAAGGGAAUGAGUUGGGUUGGUGUCUUGGUGCAUCGUUGCCUUUGUUGGAUAAGACUAACAAGAAGUGGAAAUGUAGAAUUGAGAAAAUUGAUAGUUAG